GGAGGGGGAGAGAGUGAGAAAUGCAGAGGCAGCAGCCGCGGUAGCGGCGGCAGUGCUCCAGCAGGCACUAGGCACUCCAGUCCCGGCGAGCGAGCGGGCGAGAGCCACAGCGCUCCGAGCGAGGCGAGGGGGCUCUGGGCUACCUGGGACUCUCUUUGUGACACCCCAGCUCACAAACACACCGACAGGGACAGAGGAAAAACACAUAAAGAGCUCCAACAUGGGAGGCAAACUGAGCAAGAAGAAGAAGGGAUACAGUGUCAAUGAUGAAAAAGCUAAAGACAAAGACAAGAAGGCUGAAGGAGCAGCAACUGAGGAAGAGGAGACUCCAAAGGAGGCUGAGGAUGCCCAGAAAACCACAGAGACCACAGAAGUGAAGGAGAACAAUAAGGAGGAGAAGGGAGAAAAGGAUACUCAGGUCACUGCCAAUAAGACAGAAGAAAAAGAAGGGGAGAAGGAGAAAACAGUGACCCAGGAAGAAACCCAGAAAACAGAACCUGAGAAGUCAGAGGCUGUUGUUGAUGCAAAAGUAGAGCCACAGAAGAAUACCGAACAGGCACCCAAGCAAGAGGAGCCGACUGCUGCCUCUGCUCCUGCUGCCAGUAGCGAAGCACCCAAACCCUCUGAGCCUAGCACCGAUGCAAAAGCUUCCCAGCCUUCAGAAGCCACAGCUCCCAGUAAAGCAGAUGACAAGAGCAAAGAGGAAGGGGAAGCCAAAAAGACUGAGGCUCCCGCAACGCCUGCAGCCCAAGAAACUAAAAGUGAAGUGGCCCCAGCUUCAGACUCAAAACCUAGCAGCAACGAGGCUGCACCUUCUUCCAAGGAGCCCGCGGCAACAGCAGCACCUAGUUCGACUGCUAAGGCCUCGGACCCUGCAGCCCCUCCAGAGGAAGCGAAACCUUCUGAAGUUCCAGCGACUAAUUCGGAUCAAACCAUAGCAGUGCAAGAUUAAAUUGGACAGCCUGUUGAAACAACCACUUAAAACAACCUGUGUCUUUUUUUUAUUUUUUCAGCUAUACUAACUCGUUUCAGAUCUGAAAUAACAAAUAUGUAUUGCCCAGAAAAGAAGGAGAAAAAAAAAAAAAGAGAAAAAUGAAAAGGAUGUCCCAUCAAGUUGGGAGGGAGGGAGGGGGGAGAAUCCAAAUAGUAUUUUUGUGGGGAAAUAUCUAAUAUACUUUCUGCCAACUUGACACAAGUCCUGGAUUAAAAUAAAUAAAUAAAUAAAUGGAUGUCUGAAAGUACAGCACAUCUUUUGUAUUUGAACUGCUGUAAAUGCACUCCACCAGUGUAUUAAAAUCUUCUUUUUCUUCUGUAAUGGGGUUUGGGAGUGAUGCGUUUGAUUCUGCCCACUACGUUUGUGCCAAGGCAAUCAGAUCUUUAUGAAAGCAGUAUUUUCUGUGUUUUUUUUUUUUAUUUACAGCCUUUCUUAUUUUGAUAUUUUUUUUAUGCAGUGGAUGAAUGCCAACUUUCAGACAAUACCCACUUAGCUGUCCACAUAUUUCUCAAUGCCAAUCCUCCAAUUCUUCCUCUCCAAAUAUUUUUUGGGAGUAAAAAACAUUCUCAUCCUACUUAGCCUACCUAGAUUUCUCAUGACGAGUUAAUGCAUGUCCGUGGUUGGGUGCACCUGUAGUUCUGUUUAUUGGUCAGUGGAAAUGAAAAAGUCUGCGUUCAUUGCAGUUCCAGUUUCUCUUCCAUUCUGUGUCACAGACACCAACACACACUCAUUGGAAAACAAAUGAAAAAACAAAAUGUACAAUGGAUGCAUUGAAAUUAUAUGUAAUUGUAUAAAUGGUGCAACAGUAAUAAAAGUUAAAUAAUUUAAAAAAUA